AUGGAUUCCAACGGUGUGCCGCCCGCUCAGGAAAUGGAGACAUUUUUGCCUCAACACGAAAAAGGCAAAGAGGUCGAAGAAAAAAAAUAUACCCUGACAAAAGAUGCAGAAUCAGGCGAAUAUGAUCCAUUCGAAGACAGGCAAUUAGAGAAUCCUACUUCUCCCACGGAUACACUCGCCCAUCUGCUCAAAGCUUCACUUGGCACCGGUAUCUUGGCUAUGCCCAAAGCGUUUUCGGCUUCUGGGUUAAUAGCAGGAAUAUUCUUCACGAUUUUAGUUGCGGUUGUGUGCACUCACUGCGCGUACGUACUUAUUAAAUGCGCUCACGUUCUGUACAAAAAGACGAAAAAGCCAGCAAUGAGUUUCCCAGAAGUAGCGGAGGCGUCUCUACUGAAUGGACCGGAAUGGGGAAAGAGAUGGGCGUAUUCAUUCAGAAUAUUUAUUUUAACCAGUCUUUUCCUGACAUAUUUUGGGACCUGCUCGGUGUAUAGCGUUAUCAUAGCGAAAAAUAUACUUCAGGUUGUGCAGCUAUACAUAAAAGGUACGGAGGACUUGUCAAUACGAAUAAUCAUAGUAUUACUGCUGAUCCCUCUAAUAUUCAUGGUUUGGAUUAAAAACUUAAAGUACCUGGCUCCAGUAUCGAUGAUCGCUAAUUUAUUCAUGGGCCUUGGGCUCGGAAUCACUGUUUACUUCUUAGUGGGCACUGGUGAAUUGAAUAUAGGCAAGGUGGCCCUUAUAAAGUCACCCGUAAAGUGGCCUGAAUUCUUCUCUCUGACGAUUUUUGCUAUGGAAGCUAUUGGUGUGGUGAUGCCGUUAGAGAACUCAAUGAAGACUCCAAAAGCCUUAUUAGGCUACUGCGGCGUCUUGAACAAAGGAAUGUCUGGAGUCACCGUUGUGUACAUCCUUCUUGGAUUUCUGGGAUACUUGCGAUAUGGAGAAGAUGUAAUGGACACUAUCUCAUCUAACCUGGGACAGCCUGGUGAUCCCCAAGUGUAUAUAAUCCUUGCCCAAGUGGUCAAAGUGAGCAUUGCAAUUGCUGUCUACUGUACUUUCGGCCUUCAAUUCUUCGUGUGCAUUGAAAUCAUGUGGAACGCCAUCAAGGAUAAGUUCACCAAGCGGCCUGAUUUCGCAGACUACGUUAUGAGAACCAUCAUGGUCACCCUCUGUGUGAGCCUUGCUGUUGCUGUACCAUCUAUUGGCCCACUUAUGAGUGUAAUUGGAGCUCUCUGUUUCUCACUUCUCGGCUUAAUAGCACCGGCCUUUAUUGAAGUCGUCACAUACUGGGAUAUCGGAUACGGCCCGUACAAGUAUCUCAUUUGGAAAAACGUUUUUGUACUCAUAUUUGGACUAUUUGCUCUAAUAUUCGGUACCAAACUUGCGAUCAUAGGAAUUAUCAACGAUAGUGCAUGA